GCAACCGAACGGAGGAGCGAAUCCGGUCUGAAGCCUUUAUUGUGGCCAACGCCUCGGGAACCCUAGUAGCUCGAUCGUCCCGUCGACGCCGAUCAUGGCUCUUUAUCCGCCGCAACAGAUGGCGGACAUCUUAUACUCCUUCAAAGCUUUCGGAGUCCUCCCGACUGAAAUCGCUGACCAGAUUCAAGACCUGCUGGAAGACGAGCUGACGCAAUCAAUGAGAUCUCUGGUGGAUGACGUCUUCGAUCUGAAUUGUUUCAAAGAGCCGGUUGACCGUUCUUCAGUCGAGCGUUCGGCCACCCUUGACACCACCCACUAUGACAGCUGCUUGGAUCGGAUCAGCGCUAAACUCGAGAAAUUGAUGUCGGUUCCGCCUCACGUUCUCUUGCCCGGCGAUGAGUGUUUCCGGAAUGCCGAUCCCGAAGCUCGGACGAAAAGGAUGCAAAUUAGGAAUCAGAUAAAGCUAAAAAUGGCGAGUAAUCGGGAACUGCGUGGAGAGGUCGCUAGAUUGCGAUUGGAAAUACAGGUCAAAGAGCGGCUCGCCGAAGCUAUCCAGAAAGUCACGAUCUGAACUCAUCAAGAUCCGAGAGCGGCAGCUUUCGAUAAUUGAUACCAGAUAACUCUUAUCAUCAUUGUAAAUAAAGUCAUCGUCAGCUACGACUCGUGUUUUUGGUCGUUCAGCUCCGGGAAUUCCAUUGAUUGAUUGAUUGAUUCAUUCAUCAACCACUCCUGGUAAUGCAUGCGCGGGAGCGAGUCUUCUCAGCUGGUAAUUGGUUGGUGGAUCUGACGCGAGCGGGAGCGUGUCUCUUCGUCUCCCGUCCCCGUCUGUCAAGACUUCUUUUUGUUCGCACUACCGUUUCUCUUGUUGAGUCCUCGUGUAGGCCUAGUAUUUUAAGGAUCUCCGGCUCAGAGCUUAUCUCCUCGUUGCACUCCAUGAUGAUGUGUUCCAGUGUUUCGUUGUGGUAGUCACAGAACUCAUAACUCCGUUCUAUCUCUUCGA